CCAAGAAGACUCCGGCGCUGACUUCGCCGCCGCUUCUUCUCCAACGAACCGGCAACCUGGACUGGAGCAUGGCCGCCCUGCCCGGGACCGUACCCAGGAUGAUGCGGCCGGCGCCCGGGCAGAAUUAUCCCCGCACCGGAUUUCCCUUAGAAGUCUCAACCCCGCUGGGCCAAGGGCGAGUCAACCAACUUGGAGGCGUCUUCAUCAAUGGGCGGCCCCUGCCCAACCACAUCCGUCAUAAGAUUGUCGAGAUGGCGCACCAUGGCAUCCGGCCCUGUGUCAUCUCUCGCCAGCUGCGGGUCUCCCACGGCUGUGUCUCCAAGAUCCUUUGCCGGUACCAAGAAACAGGAUCCAUCCGGCCGGGAGCCAUCGGUGGCAGCAAGCCCAGGGUUGCCACUCCAGACGUGGAGAAAAAAAUCGAAGAAUACAAGCGGGAGAAUCCUGGCAUGUUUAGCUGGGAGAUCCGAGACCGGCUACUCAAAGAUGGCCACUGUGACAGGACCACGGUCCCUUCAGUGAGUUCGAUUAGCCGUGUGCUCCGAAUCAAGUUCGGGAAGAAAGAGGAAGAGGAGGACCACGAGAAGAAAGAGGAAGACUGCGAGAAGAAGGCCAAGCACAGCAUCGAUGGCAUCUUGGGUGACAAAGCAAGUUCGCUCAUCCCGGUGGCUAGCUCAACAGAAUACUUCCGUUUAAAUCGUAUAAGAAUUGUUGGCUCCCUGCCCCAAGCAGCUUACAAUUUCACGACAGAGAAAUCGGUGUAA